AUGGUAUCAGUAAUAAAGUUGUUGGUGUUGUUCACUACCAUUGGUGCUGUCUAUAGCGAUAGCGGUAAGUUGUGAAUUAUGUGAUGUAGAAGACAUAACAACUAGGACCGUAUUUUUGUCCCCAACAUUUGCAGUCAUUGUUUGAAACUAUACUCCCAGUAUAGCUUAUUAGCUAUAAAAGGUCUUAAAGGAGGAAGAUCUUCGCAAAGUAAGUAAGUUAGCUACAUGCAGUGGAACUUUGGAUUCGCUCUAACGAAGGGCCUAUGCUCGAAAAAUCCAGCCUCUCAAAUCCCCCCCCCCCCCCCCCCCAGUCUACCUUCAGUUGUAAAAUCAGGAUAAACCCAGAUUUGUGCGUUUUACACCACCACCAACGCAUCACCACAGUUUCCUUGUUAACUUGCCCCUUUAUUUAUAGUUAUCUUUAUUAUGUUUGUUUUGUUGUAAACAACAAAUAUACUGCUGUAACCAAAGGUUUAAAACUGUGUUCUUUAAUAUCUGUUCAUACACAUAUGCGCGUUCGAAAUCUAUAGCAAAAAUACAGCAAUUAUGAUGAGUAAGAAUUCUACUAAAUUACAAUUCCAUAGAAAGGAAAUAUUUACCCGAUGAUUGUCUCCAACGUUCGUUGUAUCUCAUGCACGAUCAAUUAGUGAUUGUUCAAUUAUAGCUUAUUAACGAUUGUUGCGUUUUCACGCGUAAUUAAUUAAUCUAGAGUGAAACAAUGUUUAAUUCUAUCUUUUUCAGAGGGAAAAUGGGGCUAUGUAAACCUCACAAGUGAUGACGGUUAGUAUAACUGGAGCUACAUAAACCUUUAGUUAGUUACUGUCCUUCUGUAUCAGAGCGAACUUUGAUCUGGUACGCAAAAUGCAAUUUGUUAAAGAACCUCGAGAUCUGGGAAAUGAAUGACAGUUUCUUGAGAAUAGUAAAUCCUGAAGAGGCGUUCAAAGAAGAUACAGCCAUAGAAGACAGUGUAAGCUUUUGAGCCAGAAGAGAAUAAGGCAUGUUAUAAGACAGUUAUUUCUCGUCCACCUUAUGACUUUGAAUGGCUUCUCCUUCAUUCUAAUCUAACUUACCCGCUGAAGAGAUUUCAGUGUAAUGAACAUAUAGUGUAGAAAUUAGUUUGGUAAUUCAUACUAAACGUAUGAUUAGUGGAAAAGUUUCGUGUGACUUUCAAACAAAUCAUGAGAAAAGUCAGAUUGACUCGCUCACGAGCGUUUUUAACCCAGUGAUAAAUUCGUGAAUUUGUUUUGGCGUCUCAUUAGUUGAUUGAAUUAAUUAUUUUACGUUAUGUUUGAAGGGGUUGGUUCUGAAACAAACUGUACGGAGCUGCGUCGGUUUGGGGGUCAAACAGGAACAAGUACUAAGUUUUAUCAACUACAAUUAGUUAUGUCAACGUUGAUAAAGUCACUUUUAUAAUAAUCACCUUUAUAGGGUGUUCCGUCGGAUUGGGGGUGAAACGAGAACAAUAGCUUUAUCAACAAAGUUUAUAAAAUUACUUUUUACCACCUUAAAGGUGCGUGAAUAAAACCAAAUUUAUCGAAUUUCAGUACUCUCAUUAACAUCUGGUUUUUAAAGAGCAGCUGCAAUUUACCUGGCUUUUAUCGUCGUCUUGUUGAUAGAAGUGACUGCCAUGGCAUGUUUUGGUUCAGAGCGAAUAACACAAGUUUCGCUCUACCGAAGGUAGGUCUUUGUACAUUACGCUUUUAAUUUGUUUCCCCACUAAAAUGCUCCAUUUUUUAAUUUCCUUGUUCGUUAUAGUGAAAGGUCCUGAAGACUGGCACGAUCUAGAGCUGAAAAAAGACAAUCAGUGUGGUGGAAAUAGACAAUCCCCAAUAAACAUCAAAACAAGCGAGGUUGAGGAAGAAGAUAGCUACCGUCGUUUAAAAAUCACUUUUGACAACGCAAGGGGACUUGUUACUGGAACGCUUGAAAACACUGGGCAUUCACCUAAACUUGAAAUUGCUGAUUCCAAUGGAGCUUCUCUAACUGGAGGUCCCCUGGGGAAUAACAAAUUCGAAUUGAUCGAGUUUCAUGUUCACUUUGGCUGUGUUAAUGAACGCGGGUCUGAACACAAGCUCAAUGGAAAACAACUGUCUGGUGAGGUAAGUGAUGACAACGACGUAAACCUUUUUUCUUUUACGUUUGACUCAAUUCGGUAUUUCUCAUAUCCUGGCCCGUAAUAUCUUUGUUACGGGAAACGAUUGCAAUGGAGGAAACGAUUACUCAGGACGGGAAUGUAUAUAAAUCUUCAAUAUUCAGUGCUGAGCCAUAUUACUCGCAAUUGCGGGCGCAGUGCUUUCUUGAGUGAUCUUUCAGUGGGCAACAAAGUGGGAGUAUGCAAAAGUUGAAAAAGACUUACCAGAAGUUAUUGUUGUACAGAAAACAUCUUACUAUUUAGACACUGAACGAUCAAGUGCCUCUACUAGGUUCCCACUUGAACCAACUCAUCGGGAAUGACCUUAAACUUCUCUUGUUUUCCCCAGCUUCACAUGGUAUUUGGUCAUGGUGAAGAACCACGAGCUGUUGUAGCCGUUUGGAUUAAGGUACAACCUGCAGUCUACCUUCCUUCCUGCAAUUCGUCCUCUAUAUAAACAUUACAACUUAAAUAUGCAGAGCAACCUUCCCCUCCCCUUCCCCUCCUUCGUAAAGAAGUAAAAUCCUAUUCCUGCAAAACGUGGCUGUAACCAUCCAGAGACUAAAUAAUUCCAAUAAUUCAGAGCGGUUUGCUAAGAAAGUGCUAGUCUAUUUACUCAAUAAUAUUUUUUAUUUCCUUUAAAUUAAAUAAGGCCGAAAUGUAAAGCCUACAGAGACUUUCAUUAAUUUUUAACCAGUUGUGUCACCUUCGAAAAAAACGGGCAUCGAUCUAAACCAGUGAAAAAGAUUAAAAUAAUGAAUUCUUGAGAAGUCUAUUUGGAUGCACCUUAAUAUAUGUGUGACUUGAAGGGGAAAUUAAAAUUAUAAUAAGCCUUUUGGAAGAUGGCGUCAUUUUACUUCUACGACCAUAAUCCUUUCGUUUUCCCUGUUCAUAUAUAAAUUUGGUAAUCCCAGCGAGGAUGCAAUUACCAAAGCCCUAAUUUGCAACAAAGCAAAGCCAUGAAGGAUUCUGGUCGUAAUAGAAGAGUAACGUCAUCUUGACGUCAUUCUAAAUUGUUUAAUUAUUAUAGGCACCUUCCAAGGGAAACAAAAUUUUUGGAAAGUUGGCAAAUCUGAUGCACCACAUUAUCAAGCCUGGUAGGUGUUUUAGAGAAACUAUAAGCGAAGAAUACGGAAACAGUCAAAACUCACCACCAUCUAGCAGCUACUAUUUACUUGUGAUACCACAGCGUAGUAGGAGGAUGCACCGAUCCUCUCCGUGCUAACAAUAUAAUUUUCGUUAGAUUUUAGAGUAGGUAUAAAUUCUCUGCAAUAUCACAAAAACAGAUCACAAGCUACGACUAACAAAUCUACUAAUACAAAAUGAGACCAAUAACUAAAAGCCUCCUCCGCUAGUCUGCUUCACAGCCGUUCUUUGUACUCGUCACGCAACGCUCUUCUUGGGGAGGAACGUUGCGUGACGACACAAAGAACGGCUGUACGUGGAGCAGACCAUUCCUCCGCAGGAUACUGUCACUAAGGCUAGUUUUAACAUAGCUUAAAACACACACAGUCGUGCAACACUUGUAGUCAUAUAUUCCAAAUCCAAAAUUGUUCCCUAACUUCCUUUCAUUAAAAGCAAGAUUGUUUUACUGGACAAUUGAUAAGACACGAGCCUCGAGUUACUUGCAUGGCUUCAAAAGAUAUAGCUUAGGUUCGUAGGUUAAACAAUUACUUUAGGGUAACAAAAAAUUGUUAGCAGUUAGAUAUUAACAAUAAUGUCUCUCUGAUCCAUCAUAAGAUUACAUUAAACCUUCUGUUCAACUGCCAGUGACAGAGCCAAUGGGAUGGGGACAAGUAUUUUGCAACUCUAAAUGUGGGUCUGAACCUCGGUUAUUAGUUAAUAAUAUUUCCCACCCUAGAACAAUCCGUAAACUUUUUGCAUCUUGAGAACUUACCUCGAUAGCUUCCAAGUAAAAACAACCAUACUUUCCAAAAUUCACGAACCUCUAUUGAGUUUGUGGACAAAAUCUUACUGUGUGACCUCUGAAAUGUAAGGUACAAUUCACCGUCAUAUUAUUUUUACAGAGGAUACCUAUUCUGUGACAAAGGAAGAUGGAAUUUAUUUAAAGGAUCUCAUUCCCAAAAAAUGCUCCAUUAAAAAGGGCAAAGAUAAUGGUGGCAAUGGUAACGGCAAUGGUAAUGGCAAUGGUUGUGGCAAUGGCAAUGGUAAUGGAAAUGGAAAUGGCAAUAGUUAUGGCAAUGGUAAUGGCAAUGGUAAUAGGAAUGGUAAUGGCAAUGGUAAUGGCAAUGGAAAUGGCAAUGGUUAUGGCAAUGGUAAUGGCAAUGGUUAUGGCAAUGGUAAUGGCAAUGGUUGUGGCAAUGGUAAUGGUAAUGGCAAUGGUAAUGGCAAUGGCAAUGGUAAUGGUAAUGGCAAUGGUAAUGGUAAUGGCAAUGGUAAUGGCGAUGGUGGUAAUGGUAAUGGCGGCAAUGGUAAUGGUGGCAAUGACAAUGGUGGUAAAGACAAUGGUGGCAAUGACAAUGGUUAUAAAAAGAAGAAAGGAGGCGCCAAACGUUUGACUUUAAAAUGUUACUUCACUUACCGGGGUUCCCUCACUACGCCUCCUUGUACUGAAACAAUACGGUGGAUAGUUCUGAAAGACUAUAUCCUCGCUUCUACCAGCCAGGUAUGUAAUGCUAACUAACUUGGAUUAAACCUAGCUUAAGGAAACUUCUACGCUUUACAAUUAGGAGUGUACACUCUACAAGUGCUAAGAUAAUACAUCGGUGGUUCAGCCACUCACUGUCAGAGUAGCAUUGACCGGCUCUUGGAGGACCUUUUGCCACAUAUGGCGAAUAUUUCAGUAGCAAAAGCGACAACAAUGUCUACCAUGUCAAUGUUUUUAACAUUGUAUUACAAACAAACAAUUGGAAUAACAGAUGAUGUAUAGUAUGUUAAUAUUUCUUAGACAAGCUUAAAGGAGUUAACACAGGCCUUUUGCACAGAUUAGUUGAACACGUGUUCAACUUUCUGUAAACACGAAAACAGUUAGCAUCUGAAACACUGGGUUAGCAGGAACUGAAAGAGCAUAUUAAAAUUAGGUAACCUGUAUAUAAUCAGCUGUAUAUCGCAAAAUUAGCGAUGGCAACAGCCCCGAAAAUUACGAGGAUUUGUAUGGUAAAAACAGCUUUUGCCACCCAGUCACGAUUAUUUGGUUUUCCAUAAAAACCCUGUAAAUUUGGAAAUUAUAGGGCUCAAAUCUCCUUUUUAUUCAUAACAGGCAAUUUGAGCCCUUAAAUACAUAAGGGAAAGAUUUAAUGACAGUAUUUACAAGGAUUUUGCAAAAGGCCUAUUCUACAAGAUUACGGGCAGGCUCCUCUGUUGCAUAUGCGACAUUGUCAGACCAACACAUUCACUGUAUUUAAAUUGAACCACAAACUGUUAGUUUAAAAAACAAAUGAUGCGUCGUUAAUAAACUAAUUAAUGAAUUUUGUUUGUUUUUUUUGUUCUAGCUCGAAAAGUUCAGGAAACUUGAAGCAAAGUAUUAUGGUCCGCACAUGUGCGACAACUUCAGACCAGUCCAAAAAUUGAAUGACCGCGAUGUCUACUCCGUCACAAAAAAAGAUAAUGACAAGUGAAUAAUAAAGGCAAUAAAUUAAACAAGCAAAGUGCAUAUCAUGUUGAGAUAGCAAUUAAUUGUGCUAUUUUAUGUUUUUUUUAUGAAUUUUAUGUUUUCGUUAAUCUUUGUAAGGUUUUUUGUAAGGCAAAAAAUUACUUUAUUUUGCACUAAUAUAUCUUGUUUGUUCUCAAUAAACUGGUGAUGAAAUUUAUUGCGGAGUCACUGAUUUAUUUAAAUCCUCUCCUCAAAGCAAUGAUACACAACUAGUUCCUAAAGGUGGAUGGCAAGAUUUUUCAAUUUUUGGAAGCACUUUGAUGGAUCGAGAUAACCUGAAUUCCAAUUUUGCUUCCACCUACGGCGUUUGAUCGGGUAAAUACGCUAAUUUUCAGUAGCAAAUACGGCAGCUGGAAUUCUUCUUAACAUCGUUUGGGGAACAUGAUAGUUGAAUUUUGAAAAUACAAGGGAAUACCUCGAAAUAAUUAGAAAUUUUAGAUUCUAGGAUUGCCGUACAUAAUUAUUGAAAAUUUUGGAAAAUCGUUUUAAGGCGAAAGACGGGAAGAUUAGGAAAUCGAAUACUUCGAGAGUUCAUGCAAAAACCUUCUGACUGUUUCGUUUUCGGUUAGAUCUUCUGGAAGCACUGCUUCUAUAGACAAUUUCCAUCGAGUGAUCCCUUUCUGGAAAACACCUACUUGAUGAGAUGGCCUCGAGUAUUCCGUAUAAUUACUUCAUCAAGAUAAACCGUCAAGUUCGACAUGAAAUCCCUUGCUGCUGAAUCUCGUUUGGAUUUUGUUGAUUUGAUUAAACGAAUAAGUUGAACAUCCAUCCACUGAUCUUCUCUGCCGACAAAAGGCCUUUCAGACUGCAUUUGACUUCCAUAUAAGUACAUGCUGAUACUGCGCAUAUCCCGGAUAUCCCUUCAUUCUAAUCUGUCUUAAUUACCCCUGAAGAGAUUUUAGUAUAAUGAACGUAUAGUGUAGAAAUUAGUUUGGUAAUUAAUACUAAACGUAUGAUUAGCUGAAAAGUGUCGUGCAACUUUCACACAAAUCAUGAGAAAAGUCAGAUUGACUCGCUCACAAGCUUUUUCAACCCCAUGAUAAUAAUAAUUAAUAAUAUAAUAAUAGUAGGUUUUUAUGGAGCAUUUAAAGAAUUCUCAAUGCGCUUACAACAGCGCUUACAAUAAAUAGGCCUACAAUAAAUAAAGUGUGAAGGAAACUAUAUACAGUAAUUAUUCCUAAAAAGACAUGUUUUCAAACGUUGCUUAAAAGUAGAGACAGAUUCACAGUUUUUGAUAUGAUCAGGUAGACUGUUUUAGAUUUUCGGUGCAUAAUAUGAAAAUGAGCGGUGUCGAUCCAUAAGCCACGAUAUUAACAGAAGGAACUUGUAAAAGCAAUCUAUUAGAUGAGCGGAGUAAACGAGCCGGCUGGUAAUUGAGAAGGAGUGAAGACAAAUAGUCAGGGAGCUAAAUCGUUUAAAAUUUAAAAUGUUAAAAGCAGUAUUUUAAAGUGGAUGCGUGCACCAAUAGGAAGCCAAUGCAAGUCUUUCAUGACAGGAGUUACAUGGUCGGAUCUUAUUCCUGAAACGAAACGUGUCACGGAGUCUGAACACGUUGCAGCUUGUCCAUUUCUCGCUUGGGCAAGCCACAGUAUAAAGUGUUACAAUAAUUCGAGCGCGACGUAACAAAAGCAUUGACCAUCGUCUGAAGGUGAUUCUUGCUCAGAUACUUCCUCAAUCUGCCAAUGAAUCGAAUUGCUAGCAUAGCCUUUUUGCAAGAUUGAGCGUUCUAUCUAGGUUGACACUAAGAUUACAAAGUCGGUCUGAUGGUUGUACUCUUAGACUAGAGUCGCCAAUCAAAGAAUCACUGAGAAUUGGGUUCUUGACGAAACGAGAACUAAACUGAAUAACCUCUGUUUUACUAGGAUUAAUUGCAGACUAACUUAAUGAUGUUCCAUUCUAUAACUUCACUAACACUUCUGAAGGGUGUUUAAGGCAGGACGUUGAUCAUGAGGGUCAAUAGUUAUGUAGAGUUGAGAGUCAUCUGCGUACAACAUACAAUCUAGGUUAUAUGAGCAGAAAUUAUGUCUUGAAUAGGUGCUGUAUAAAGAGUAAACAAGAGAGGACCGAGUAUCGAACCUAGUGGAACUCAAUCAAAUCUUCGACUGCUAGAUGUUGUGUUACCAAUAGUAACAGAUUGUAUCCGACCAGUAAGAUAAGACGAAAACCAUCUUAGCACUAUGCGGGAAAAACCGAAGUAUCUACUCAGCCUAUCCAAAAGUAUAGUAUGGUCUAGGGUGUCAGACGCGGCUAACAAAUCAAGCAUGACUAAUAUAAAACAGCAUCUUGUCGGCAAUCAAUAGUCCUAAGAACAUCAGUUAUUACUCGCAGAAGGGCAGUCUCAGUGGAAUAAUGUUUUCGGUAGGCGCAUAGAAGGCAUGUGUCUGAACCGCGACAACCUUCUCACUGACUUUUGCUAGGAAAGGUAUAUAUUGGCUACAAGUCGGUAAUUUUUUUAAAACAUCCUUGUCAAGAUCUGGCCUUUUCCGGUAUGGACGAAUCAAAGAUACUGAUAGUAUGAGAAAAUAGAAGGGAUUCCCGUCACGUAACGUCUCCAGCCAGCUGAGUGUACAGCAUGCCGGUAAUUAAAAACUCUAAAAAGAAAAUGGCCAAGGGGCUGAAUACUAUUCGGGCGAGAGAGGAAGUUCAGGGAGAAGAGAUUGUGUCAGGGGCACCCAACGACCGUUUUCGGGGAAAUAUCUGUUCGAAGCCCUCUAGAAUGGCUAAAAUUUUCGGGAGCCCAAGAACAGCUAAAAAUUUCGAAAAUGUUUCGUGGUGACUGUUCGUUGGGCUCAGAGUUUCGGGAUUUGUGUGGUUUGUUCACCUAAGAAUUUGGGAUUUUGUAGUAAUCUCUAGAUCACCUAGAAAUUUCGUAGCUUUCGUAGUAAUCUCUACAUUCUGAUUUCGGCACCUAGAGAUUUCGUAGCUUUCGUAAACUAAGAAUAGAGCUUAAACCCGGCAGUCUCAUUGUCUCAUUAGCGAAAUUUCACACGACUGAUUUAAAACCCAACGACCCUUUUCUGAGAGUACCAGGCUUACCGGUUACGCGUACUCAGGACAGUAUCGCAGCAGGACUACCGGAGGGAGGGAUCGGUGGGAUAAACCAGACAACGCUAUUGUAGCACUGUUCUCGGCUGCGCAUGUAUCACUGAUGUAUCUGAUCUACCGAAUUUUAAUAAAGUCACAUUUCUGACAUUUGCAGUUACAGUUAACUGUUUAGAAAAUAGGAAACUUUCAGCGUUUCAGUGAACUUUAGCCCGCGAAAACAGACGUUUUUUCACUGUUUUUUUUUUCUGUACUCGCUCAUCGCCACCUGGGGGGUGUGUGGGGAGGGGGAUGGGGGCGAGGAGCGAGGACAAACUACUGCUGGCAACUUUAAUUUUUGGUUGUUCGGUGACCGUAGCGUGCAGGGUGAUGAGUGGGUGAUACAGACCCGUUAUCUGUUGCAUACAGGCUUUCUGGGGCUAGAUUGGGGAUAAUAUAUUCAGCUGGCAGCUGUGCUGUAUCUUCUGUAUAUUGACCAAGACGAAGUCACGGGCCGGUGCACGGUCCUGCUGAUUCCCUGAGCUGAUUGUCGACAACCAAAAAAUCACUCGGAUGUCAAAAUCCAGCUCACCGGAGUAAUCAGCUUGGUGUGUAGCAUCUCUUGAUCUUUUUGCAAAGACACAAGAAGCACGAGAAUUGAUUAAAAAUCGUGAGUUAAUCCUCUAUGUCUCACGCGAUCGCCUGUCUCACAGUACUAAAAUUAUCAUAUCUCGGUGAGCAUUCGGAAGUCAGCCAAGCGCGGUCAUUUCACGCGUGCUGUACAAGAAUGCUGUAUCAUGACAGACUAGAAACAAUAGAAAACUCCCAAAGCACAAAUCUUCAAUGUUUACUCAAAUUUGAGCUUAUAAAAGAUAAAGUCACAGUUUUUCAAUGACCAUGAAAUUCAGAAUCCGGGUAGUUAGUUAAUCAAUUGUGGCCCUGAAAAAUUUGACGGAAUAAAACGAGUUUUUAAGAAAAUGCUUUUUUCGUGAGAAGCAGUCUUAAACACUGACAAACGUCAACAAAUACCUAAAACUAUGAUUUCUAUAUGUUUGCUUUGCUCGAAAUCGCGCCCAUUUACAAGGCCCCAAAGCUUUUUGCUGACCUGCAAGGACCUAUCUGAGAUUUUCACGAAAAAAUGCCGACAACAGAAGAAUUCAGACUCAAACCCCAAAGAGGCGUGGCACUAUAACCACGUGACAUCUACUCCGAUCGCCAAACAUUUUAUGCCAUAUUGUAGAUUGAUCUAUAUGUUAUCCAUGCUAUAUGUUAGACUUAUGAUCAAAGUAAAGGUGAAGAUACCAGAGAGCUUCAAAGUAGGUUGGUGCCCUCACAAAAUAACGGGGUCGAGUCACCUUAAUGCUCCAUUUUUAACUUCCUUGUUCUUUAUUUUGAAAGGUCCAGAAAAUUGGCACGAACUAAAUCUGACGGAUCCCAAUCAGCCUAAUCACUUUGGUAAAAAUAAACAAUCACCAAUAGACAUCAAAACAAGCGAGGUUGAGGAAGCUAUUGUGCCUACCGUCCUUUAA